AUGGGGUUGGUGCGGGAGUUUUACGAGGGGCAGACUGUUCUGCUGACGGGAGGGAGUGGUUUCGUGGGGAAAGUUGUCCUCGCGCGCUUGCUGCAGCACUGCGACUGCCGCAAGGUGUAUCUCUUGCUGCGACCACUACCAGGGGGAACGGCAGAGGAACGCUUGCGAAGCAGCGUGCUUGCGAGCGGCGUCUUUGAUGAGCUAAGGGAUCAGCAUGGAUCCUCAUUCGAUUCCUUCGUGGCCGCAAAGGUAGAGGCUUUGGCAGGAGAUCUCCUGAGUGCAGAUCUUGGAAUUCGUCAGGCGGAAGCUAUCCAGCAAGAGGUGUCCGUCGUGAUUCACAUGGCAGCGUCUGUACACUUCAACUCGCCGCUCAAGGAUAACUACAGAAGCAACGUGGAGGGUUCGCUGAGGGUUUUAGAUUUUUGCAGACGAUGCAAGCACCUUCAAGUGCUUGUGCAUACUUCCACCUGCUACGUGAAUAGCGAUCUCAGAGGCAGAGUGAAGGAGGGCCUUAUUCCCCUUCCUUGGGAAACAGAGGACGUUCAUCUCGCCGUUAGGCGGCUCAUUGACAUGAGGGAACAGGGCAGCGACGAUGCGGCGAACUUUGAAGGCAUGGAGAAGCAAUUGCUGGGACGUUUCCCCAAUACCUAUGCCUUCACCAAGAGACUGUGUGAGGCGCUAAUUACUCGCGAGUGGCAAUUAAGAAAUGACGAGCCGCAUCACGGCCAGCCCAUAAAGCAGCAGCGAAGCGAAAAUGCGCAAAUCUCGUUCAUGCAUGCAUGCAUGCAUGGCCAUUUCUCAGGUGCACUAGGUAUCUUGAAAUGCCUCCCCGCGAACCCCCAGUUGAUUGGCGAUCAGGUUCCCGUAGACGUCGUAGCCGACUCGCUGAUUGUAUGUGGAGCCGCAGUUGCUGCAUCGAACGCUGCACUGAUCAACAAGUACCACUCUGCAGCGGCUGCUGCAGACGGGGUAGCGGCUACAGCCACACAAGCCGCAGCAAAGCAUGUCGACCCCAACUGCAUGCUGUGUCCAGUGCAAGUGCCGCCUCCUUUUACGCACGCAUCUGUAGCCGUAGCUGCGUCGGCUGCAGCGCCUGCCGUUGCUCCCGAGAACGCACGCGAUUUGGAGGAGGAAGCAGCGGCAGCUGCAGCCGCAGGAAGACCAGGCAUAUACGUCAUUCACAGUUGCACGAGCGACAUAAACCCCACAUACUGGCGAGACCUCCUGAUUCACGGGAGAGAAUAUAACAUGCUCUGCCCCUACUACUCGCGCCUGAGACGACAGCUACAGUCGCCCUACUUCGAUACUGACUUCAAGCAGUUCCGACGGUAG